AUGGAGAGCUUAUGGCACGUUGAAAGUACCAAAAUCAUACACAUUGUCUUGUUUAUUGGAGCUCACUUUGUUCUACAGACUAACGCCGCUCGAGAGUGUCCUUUCAACCCAGCACCAUGUGUGUGUCCUUACGGAACACUCACAUGCUCAAGUGUAGAAGACCUCACUGCUCUGUACCAGGAAGUCGGGGACCUUAACAUCACCAGCAUUUAUUUUAGGGGCGGAAACAUCACCAGCAUAUCCGGAAACAAUCUACCUCCUGGACUUGAAUACAUAUAUUUCAGUAAUCAGCCACUAACCAAUAUUUCGGAAGAUGCCUUAAACAGCUCGGCGCAAACGUUAAACUCCCUGACCAUCAUUGGUGCCCAGUUCCUUCAGUUACCGAAAGCCUUGCUCGUGUUGACAAACUUGACCAGCCUAAGAAUUCAGGACGCACCCAUACAGAAUUGGGACGACUCUGUACUAGAACAUAUUACAGCCAACGUUAAAUACCUUCAGUUGAAGAAUGUCAGUUUAACGAUAUGGCCUCGCUCGAUUUCGUCAUCUCGAACACUAGUCAGUCUAGAUUUAAGCUAUAACCCUUUAAAAUAUAUCCCUGAUGACGCUUUUCAAUUUCUAAACUACACUCUCAAGGACCUUGACCUGAGCCAGACUGGGCUAACAAAAGUACCGAUGGCCUUGUUUAGCUUGUCAAACUUAAGCAGGCUUGAUCUAAGCGGUAUUGCACUGUCAAAUGUCACUGACAUCGAACAACUGGAAUCUAUGCCGUUUGCCACAGGCCUGGUUUUCAUCACAUUAGAAUCGAGUCAAAUAAAAACAAUUUUGAACUUUUCAUCUUUUACAAGUCUUGAUACAAUUACAUUAAACAACAACAGCAUUACUGAUGCUACCCCCGGCUCUUUCCCGCCAUCUUUAACAUAUCUCUCUCUUAAGGAGAAUCGGCUCACUGCAGUGCCAACAGCGAUUGCUCACCUACCACAAUUGGCAGAGUUAUUUUUAUCACAUAAUCAGAUCGCUAGCAUUGAACCCGGCUCUCUCCCGCCUAGUCUGACUACACUAGACUUGUCGUAUAACAAAAUAUCUGUGAUAACCAACACAUCAUUCAUCAACAUGAAAAACGUAACAUACUUAAGUCUUUACAGCAAUCCUAUAUCAAUAAUAGAUCCUUCAGCAUUCUCAGAUCUUGUGUCCCUGAAAUAUCUUAACCUUGGUCGUUCAUCCCUCAUGGAGAUCCCGCUUGCUGUCACAUCCCUGCCGGCAGAUAUAGACUUGAGCAUGUUCGAGACUGGUUACAUAAGAUGUCCUUGCCCACCACCUCAAGAGCUGGUCGACUGGUUUGCGUUGACAAAUGGAACUGUUCCCUUUUUCAUGAGCUGCGACAGCUACCAGUCUGCUGAACAGUACCUGACUACCGGCUGUGUUUCUACUUCUACUACAAUUACCACAGUUGCCCUUACAGAUACCACUCAUAGAGGCAGUGCCACUUCUCUUCAGAGAGCGCUCUUCUCUAUACGGGGUUCUCUUCUCAUACUGACGACUGCAUUCUUGAUGUACUAG